UAUUUAUUUGUGCUAAGUUUAUUUAUUCUAAUUCUUUAAUAACUACUACUAAAGUAGUAAGUAAUUCAGAAUCAGAAUAUAAACCUAAUGUCAGCUUUGUCCUACUUAUGUGAAUAUGAAUCAAAUUCUGAUGACAGUGAUUCUGAUUUAAAUAGCCCUAAGCGCCUUAAAAGAUCAAAACUCCCUGUACCUAACCUCAGUAAAGUUGCUGUUGUUCCUUCUGAUUCACAUGAAGACAAUGCUGUGCUCCAUGAAGGCAGAAAGCGAUCAUUUCCUCAUGUGCGGGGCAACUGGGCAACAUUUGUUUAUGUGAAUUAUCAUGUAGACACAUUAUUUGACUUAAUUGCUAAGUUGCAAGAAGUUGUUGCUGCUAAUAUUGGACAGUGUCAUCAUUGUGAAGAUUUCCAUAUUAGCUUGUCAAGGACAUUUGUACUGAAGUAUCAUUUAAUAUCACCAUUCAGUACAUCACUACAAAAAACAGUCAGUGGCAUAGACAGUUUUCAUCUUGGUUUUGCCGCUGUGAAAAUAUAUUGUAAUGAAGAAAAUUCAAGAACAUUUAUUUCUCUUGAUGUUGAUCCAUUGACACAGAGGCACUUACUGAACUUAACUAAAAAGGUUGAUGGUGUGUUGAAUGAAUUCCAACUCCCCACAUUUUAUGAGACUCCUUCAUUUCAUAUGAGUGUCCUGUGGGUAAAUGGUAAUAAGAAAUUAGAACUCGAAAGUAUUUUAGAAGAGUUAAAUGAAUUGUUUUAUGAAAAUAUUGAAAAAUCGCCAAAAACAUUUUUAGUUGAUACAGUGAAUUGUAAAAGUGGUAACAAGUAUUUUCAAUAUUCUUUGAGUUAAAAUGGAACAUCAAACUAAAUCAAGUGUUUAUUCCCAUGACAGUGGUAGCAACAAAGUUUAUGUAAAUCGAAAUUUUAGUAAAGGCCAUCAAAAUAGCUCUACCUCCAAUUCUAUAAUGCAUGUAAAUCCAAAA